UUCAUACAACUUUCUAUCUUUCUUUCUUAUCAUGCCUCUGCAAUCUUCCAUCUCCUCCUUUUCCACCCAUUCUUCUUCUUCUUCUUCCUUCGGCUAUGCAUGGGAGUAUGAUGUGUUUAUUAGUUUCAGAGGCGAAGAUACUCGCUAUGGUUUCCCUGGCAACCUCUACAAAGCUCUUUUUGAUAAAGGAGUCCACACCUUCAUUGAUGAUGAGGAGCUUCAAAGAGGACACGAAAUCACACCCUCACUUCUCAAGGCAAUUGAAGAGUCCAGGAUUGCCAUCAUUGUCCUCUCUCCUAACUAUGCUUCUUCUUCUUUUUGCUUAGACGAGCUUGUCCACAUCCUUCACUGCAUCAAGGGAAAUAAUCGGUUGGUUUUGCCAGUUUUCUAUGAGGUCGAUCCUUCUGAUGUUCGCCAUCUAAAAAACAGUUUUGGAGAGGCAAUAGCUAAGCAUGAGAAGAGAUACAAAGAUGACAUGAGCAACAAGGUGGACAAAUGGAAACAGGCUCUGCAGCAAGUAGCUAAUUUCUCAGGAUAUCAUUUCAAACAUGGGGAUGGAUAUGAACAUAAGUUUAUUAGAAAUAUCGUGAAAGACAUUUCAAGAAAGAUUAGGCGUGUACCUUUGUCUGUUGUUCUUUUCCCUGUUGGACUAGAUUAUCGAGUGUCAAAAGUAAUUUCAUUUUUGAAAAUAGAUUCGAGUGAUCAAGUUCACAUGGUAGGGAUUCAUGGAGUUGGUGGAAUAGGAAAAACAUCACUUGCUUGUGCUGUUUAUGACUUGAUUGCUGACCAUUUUGACGGUCUGUGCUUUCUUGCAAAUGUAAGAGAAAACUCAAAGAGACAUGGCUUGGUUUAUCUUCAAAAUAUCCUUCUCUCUGAGAUAUUAGGAAAGGAGGAAAUAAAGAUAGUGAGUGUUCAACAAGGAACUUCUCAAAUCCAACGAAGACUAUGUCAAAAGAAAGUUCUUUUGAUUUUAGAUGACGUUGAUGAUCACAAGCAACUACAGGCUAUUGCUGGAAAACCUGGCUGGUUUGGUCCUGGAAGCAGAGUUAUUAUUACAACACGAGACACACAUUUGCUAAAAUAUCAUGGUGUUGAAAACACACAUGAGGUAGAGGGACUAAAUGAGGCAGAGUCUUCUCAAUUGCUUGUUAAACAUGCAUUUAAAAAUGGUUAUGUUAGCAACCCAAGUUAUGCAGAUGUUUUGACCCGUACAAUAACUUAUGCUUCUGGUCUUCCAUUGGCUUUGGAAGUAAUAGGUAGUCACUUGUGUGAAAAAAAAGUAGAAGAAUGGGAAUCUGCAUUGAAUAAAUUUGAAAGACAUCUUGACAAUAACAUACAUGAGAUACUUCGAGUAAGUUUUGAUGCUUUGGGAAAAGAAGAGCAUAGUGUUUUUCUUGAUAUUGCCUGUUGUUUCAAAGGAUAUGAAUUAAAGGAAGUUACAGAUCUACUUCAAGCUCAUUAUGGAAGUUGCAUGAAAUAUCAUAUUGGAAUGUUGGUUGAAAAAUCUCUCAUAAAGAUCAAUUUGUAUAAUCUCAGUGUGACAAUGCAUUCUUUGAUAGAGAACAUGGGCAAAGAAAUUGUAGUAAAAGAAUCACCUGAAAUGCCUGGAAAGCGUAGCAGGUUAUGGUUCUCCGAAGAUAUAAUUAAAGUUUUACAAGAUAAUCUAGUAAGUGUUGGUUAUUGUCUCUGAUUCUGCUCAACCACCACAGAAGGUAGCUACAGUGGCUACGUGAUGGAAGAGGCAGAGAUUGGAGCAGAUGAAGUCAUCAUCAUCAUGAAGUAUUAAGGGCCAGAAAUCCAUCUUGGAGAGCAAGCCAAGAAUGAAGCGCUCGGAUUGAUGAAGAGUGAUGACCAAGGAAGGACUAAAAGUAAUUGCAUGUUGGUUUUUGCAUGAGUUAUCUCUUCUCUCUCUCUGGCCGAACCGGUUAUGUUUCUUGGAGAAGAAGAAGUUGGCUAGGUUUUUUGUUUCAACCUUGGAGGCUUCUCCCUAUAAGUAAGGGUGAACAGUCAGGGUUUGAUUCAAGGAGAAAGUGUGAGAGUGCAAGGCACAGAUUCUCCUUCAAUGUAUUCUGUUUAAUUUUGUCAUGUUUUGAGUCUCAUGGAAAAAGGCAAACAGUAAGGUUUGUAUGAAAAAGCCAUAGAGCGAAAAAAGGCAAAGAGUGCAAAAUUAAAAGAAAAAGUCAUAGAUGUCCUUAGAGUUCCUUUGUUCAUCUAUGUUGUGUUUCAUGAUUCUGUGGGAAUCCCCUUAUAAGUUGGGUUAACACU